AUGGCUGUUGAAGCUCGUCACCUUAACCUCUUCCCUCCCCAACAACUCAUGCCCAAUAGAGAAAUCAUGAGCAACCCAAUGGACGCGACCAUCAUGAACAUCUACGCCACCCAAACGGGUAAUUACUCCAUGCUGCCUCUCUCUGGCACCACCACCGCGUCGGAAACUUUUCUCCCGGCGCCGCCGCCGCCUCACUACAACUCCCUCCCCCAGAAAACCGCUGUCUUGAAAUCCGACAACAGUACUCUCUCCUACACCAACGUUGUUCCCGUUCCCAGAAAACGCUCCAGAGAUUCGAUCCAUGACAACAAUUUGCAAUUCCAUUCCUACCCUCAGAAGAAAACCGAUUCUUUCUCCUUCCUCGGCGAAGACAUUUCCUUUCACAUCCAUCGCCAACAACACGACCUCGAUACCCUCGUCUCCCAACACAUGGAGAAAGUGAGGAUGGAAUUAGAAGAGAAAAGAAAAGGGCAAGCGAGAAGAUUGAUGGGAACCAUCGAGUGGGAAAUGGCGAUGAGGUUGAGAGCGAAGGAAGAAGAGGUAUUGAAGAUUGAAAAAUUGAAUUGGGUGUUGGAAGAGAAAGUGAGGUCUCUGUGCAUCGAGAAUCAGAUAUGGCGCGACCUUGCUCAGACCAACGAGGCCACAGCCAAUGCCCUCCGCAACAAUCUGGAGCAGGUGCUGGCGCAGGCCGCAUCCGACAGAAGAGACGGCGAGGCAGCACCGGCCACGGCGGAGGAAGAUGCAGAGUCGUGCUGCGGGAGCAGUGACGAGGGAUGGCGCACGGUAGGUACGGGGGCGCAGGAUAAGGAAGGAGAAGGUUGCAGCGGAACAAAAGAAAAUAUCAUUAUUAUCAAUAAUAACAACAAUGAGAAUGAGGAUGGAAGAAGCGGUGAGAGAAGAUUGUGCAGAAAGUGUGGGAAGGAGGAAUCGUGCGUGCUAAUCUUACCUUGCAGACACCUAUGUGUCUGCACGGUUUGCGGGUCUAGCCUAGACUCUUGUCCUGUUUGUAAAUCCUUCAAAAAUGCCAGUGUUCAUGUAAACAUGACAUCAUAA